CCCGCAGCUGCCGCGCGCGUCCGUCGCAUACUCAAUGCGACCCCGCUAUCCCUCUACCGUAAUAUGGAUAUACAGCAAAUACGCGUUCUUAUCAACAUCCAGUUCGCUUAUUUGUGGUUCUGCGAAGUCUUUGACAAAUAUAAAUGGAUUAUAUUGUAAAGUGCCACAAGAAACUAUUAGUUUUAUAAGUUAAGUGUGCGGUUGAACGGUGCAAAUGUGAAUUUAUAUUUAUAUACAGUGUAGUGAAUGUAUUAACUUAUUUAUUAUUUAACAUAUCCAGAUUAAUGAGGACCCAAAUCAUGGAACGUUACAAACCCGAUGCGUUACGAUGGCGUGCUUCCUACAACAGUGAUUUAAAUUUAAACUAGUGCAUAGUGGUCGUAAAGUCUGAUCUGUUAGACUGCGUUAAAUUAUUUAUUAGUUAGUGUUUAUAUCGUGUGGAUAUGCUGAUCAAUACGUUUUUGGACACGGAGGAUUUCGUGCACUUGUAUUAUCCGGAGGAUGAGCCUGCGGCCGUGCAGGGCUGUGGAGCCGGCGCGCGCAUGGCGUCCAAGUACCCGCCCAGACCACCCUCGCCAGAAUACUCACAGGUGGUAGUACCGUCAACCAGCGAGAUGGGUGACCGAGAGCGGUACCGCGCGCCCCCUCAACCUGAACCGCCACCACACAGGGUCCGGGCUGCAGACCUGUAUCCUCGGCUGAGGACGCACUAUGAUGAACCAGGCCUCGAUGCUGGCUUCACGCCUAUCUGCGGGGAGUUUGUGCAGUGGGUUGGUCGCACGGCGGACGGUGGUACUAUCGCCAUGUCGAACUACCGAUUGCAUGUGCAACCGCGCCGACGCAACGGGCCCGGUGCAUCCAUUCCCUUGCGGCUCAUCGAUGCGCUGGAGAUCAGGGAUCUGCUGCACUUGAUCGUGCUGUGCAAAAAUGGAAGACAACUCAAAUGCUCAUUCAACACUGGGGAUCAAUGUAUUGAAUGGUGGAGGCGGUUGAAUACCGCUCUCGCCCCCAUAGGAUCUGUUCAGGAAACCUUCGCUGCAGCAUACGCAGCGUGGGCGAAAGAACAGCCACCAACGUCUGUGCAUAGAGAACUAAUGAGGGCAUCACAAUCUCCUCAAAGGCACUGGUUCGGCCCUGAAGUGGAGCGUCUCGGUUUCACUUCUAAGGGCGCGUGGCGGGUGACGGCAGCUAACGCGGAGUACAAGUUGUGCCCCUCGUACCCACCUCUCAUCGUGGUGCCCGCCUCUAUCUGUGAUGAAGACCUCGACUCUGUUGCUCGGUUCCGAGCAAUGCGUCGCAUCCCGGCCGUGGUAUGGCGGCACCGUGCUAACGGCGCCGUGAUCGCGCGCUCGUCGCAGCCCGAAGUGGGCUGGCUCGGCUGGCGCUCCAGCGAGGAUGAACGUCUACUAGCCGCCUUCGUCAGCGCCUGCAACGCCGACCGGGGCAUGCAGCCGCCUAACAACAAUAAGCAACUAAAACUCCUAAUUGUGGACGCUCGAUCUUACGCUUCUGCCGUGACGAACCGCGCCCGCGGCGGUGGAUGCGAGUGUCAACAAUACUAUCCAGCUGCUGACAUACAGUUCAUGUGCCUGCCCAACAUCCAUCACGUGAGGAGGAGCUUCCAGCAGAUGAGGGCGCUGGCUGCCGAGCCGAGUGAUCAGGCCAACUGGCACAGCAACCUAGAACGCACACUAUGGCUGCAAUACGUCUCCGGCGUGGUCCGAGCAGCCAGCGUGGUGGCGCGAGCGGCUGCGGCGGCGCGGCCCGUGCUAGUACACUGUUCUGAUGGCUGGGACCGCACGCCACAGAUUGUAGCCGCCGCUCAGUUGAUAUUGGACCCUUACUAUAGGACCUUGGAGGGUUUCCGCAUCCUAAUAGAGCGCGAAUGGCUGGACUUUGGCCACAAGUUCGCGGAUCGGUGUGGCCAUCAGUUCGGUCCUGAAGAUCCUAAUGAACGCUCGCCUAUAUUCCUUCAGUGGCUCGAUGUCGUACACCAGAUGAUGUUGCAGUUCCCUUGCAGCUUUGAGUUCAAUGAGGCUUAUUUGAUAAAGCUAGGCACACACGUUCACUCGUGCAUGUUCGGCACUUUCCUGUGCAACACGGGUCGCGAGCGCGCGGACUGCCGCACGGGUGACGUCACGCCGCACGUCUGGCAUCUGCUGCAAGCGCCCGCCUACAGGAACCAUCUGUACUCGCCGCAUCAGCUUGACCAGCAAGCGAUCUGGCCGGAGUACUCGGUGCGGUCGAUGUGCGUGUGGAGCGGCAUGUUCUGCGCGUCCAGUCCGCGCGACGAGCCCAGGCACGACCAGCGACCAGACCUGCCGGCCGCUAGACCUAAUCAAAACGGCAUGAUGACAAAAACGAGAUCGUGUGACAACCUACUGAAUGAAGGCGAGAAGCGUACCGCCCAGCGUCGAUGUAGCGACCCGAGCCUAGCACCCGAUGUUAUGAAGCUAUCGAUGGUAGUGAACAGCGAGUGCGAGAAGCGCGAGUGCCGCGCCGCGCUCACCGACAGCUGCGUCGACGACCUGCCCGUGCUGCCGCUCAACAGUGAUAACUCUAGUGAUACUGUGGACGGCCUCCAUCCAGACCAUUUUGAAAACAGCACCCGUCUUCCCCGCGACAUCGCAAGCGGUUCGUCCUCCUUAGAACGAGAACUAGGCGGCCCCAUCACCGACAAGCUCAUCCCCGACCAGGUCAUCGACCAUGUGACGUCACAUAAUGGUGACCUGGUUGCUGGCGACCUGGUUGCUGGUGACCACGUUGCCAGCGUCCCUGGGGUUGCGUCCCCAGAUGUGGACACGCCCGAAGAGCCGCCCGUGUUCGUCUGUGAUACUUAUACCGAUGUUAUUGGAAUGGCUGAGGCCGCUCGAGAAUCCGCCCGAACCCGCAACAUAAGCAUAACAUGGCGCUCCAUAUCCGAAUCCAGCAACCAAUCUUCCACCGGUUUCGAAAUUAACGAGCCGAGAGUCGAACCCCCGGCUUCCAGGAACACCUCCCAUGACUCCUCGCCCCUGGACAACCAUACUUCAGAAGACAGAACCAACCAUAACGUGGUUACUCCCAUCAACCUUACGAGAGAGAAUGGUGUUAGUAACGGAACUAUGAACGGAAUAGAUGACGUAGCUACUAAGUUUCUUGAAGUCGACUUGAAUGGCGGCGCAACAUCAAGCAGCAUAAGCUCCGAGAGCGAGGGCGAGGCGGCGACGCUCCCGCGCCGCGCCGCGCAUGCGCACUCGCGCGCGCGCCACGCCAGCCAGCUCACGCUGUGCCCCGCCUCCCCGCGCCGCCUCGCCUGCUGCCACUGCGAGCGCCGCGCCAGCGCCACCAGUCAGUACUUAUCAUACCCUAGUAGCCAGCUCACGCUGUGCCCCGCCUCCCCGCGCCGCCUCGCCUGCUGCCACUGCGAGCGCCGCGCCAGCGCCACCAGUCAGUACUUAUCAUACCCUAGUAGCCAGCUCACGCUGUGCCCCGCCUCCCCGCGCCGCCUCGCCUGCUGCCACUGCGAGCGCCGCGCCAGCGCCACCAGUCAGUACUUAUCAUACCCUAGUAGCCAGCUCACGCUGUGCCCCGCCUCCCCGCGCCGCCUCGCCUGCUGCCACUGCGAGCGCCGCGCCAGCGCCACCAGUCAGUACUUAUCAUACCCUAGUAGCCAGCUCACGCUGUGCCCCGCCUCCCCGCGCCGCCUCGCCUGCUGCCACUGCGAGCGCCGCGCCAGCGCCACCAGUCAGUACUUAUCAUACCCUAGUAGCCAGCUCACGCUGUGCCCCGCCUCCCCGCGCCGCCUCGCCUGCUGCCACUGCGAGCGCCGCGCCAGCGCCACCAGUCAGUACUUAUCAUACCCUAGUAGCCAGCUCACGCUGUGCCCCGCCUCCCCGCGCCGCCUCGCCUGCUGCCACUGCGAGCGCCGCGCCAGCGCCACCAGUCAGUACUUAUCAUACCCUAGUAGCCAGCUCACGCUGUGCCCCGCCUCCCCGCGCCGCCUCGCCUGCUGCCACUGCGAGCGCCGCGCCAGCGCCACCAGUCAGUACUUAUCAUACCCUAGUAGCCAGCUCACGCUGUGCCCCGCCUCCCCGCGCCGCCUCGCCUGCUGCCACUGCGAGCGCCGCGCCAGCGCCACCAGUCAGUACUUAUCAUACCCUAGUAGCCAGCUCACGCUGUGCCCCGCCUCCCCGCGCCGCCUCGCCUGCUGCCACUGCGAGCGCCGCGCCAGCGCCACCAGUCAGUACUUAUCAUACCCUAGUAGCCAGCUCACGCUGUGCCCCGCCUCCCCGCGCCGCCUCGCCUGCUGCCACUGCGAGCGCCGCGCCAGCGCCACCAGUGGUAUCGAAACCUCUGGUUCCUCCGGUGGCAGUUCCGAAGUGUGGUGGUGUCCUACGUGCGGCGGCGUGCGCUGCGUGUGCGGCGUGCGCUGCGUGUGCGGCGCCCCCGCGCCCGGCGCCAGCCCCGCGCUGCCCCGCGCCGACCCGCUCGACGGCCUGCCGCCCGCGCUCGACCCGCUGCAGGCGCGGCUGCAUCAGAUCAUACUCUACCAGAAGAAAGUAGUGGAGGAGCUGAGCGGACAACUGCGCGAGGCGCGGGAGGCGCUGCGCCUGUCCUCCCCGCCUGCGCCCGCCCCGCCCUCCGCGCCGCAUGCAGCCACACCCACGCAAAAAACAAGCAGUGGCAGUGGGUCAGUGCGCGGCAGCGGCAGUAGCAGCGGCAGCGCGUCCGAGGUGGAGGUCGGCGAGGAGGCGCGCGGCGUGGUGUGGCUGCCCGACAGCGCCGCGCCGCGCUGCCAGUACUGCAGGAACCACUUCUGGCUGGCCCGGAGGCGGCACCACUGCAGACGGUGCGGCGGUAUAUUCUGCGGCUCGUGCUCGGAGAUGAGCUCGUGGGGCGACUGCGGCAGCAUGCGCGUGUGCCGGCGCUGCCGCGCGCUGCGGUGACCCGCCCCCGCGCCCGGCCCCGCCCCCGCGCCCGGCCCCGCCCCCGCGCCCGGCUCCGCCCCCGGCCCCGCCCCCGCGCCGCCCCGCCCCGCCCCCGCUCGCCCGCGCCACUGUUUAGACCGACACCCGCUUGUCCCGCCCGAUCUACCUAGAUUAGCGUUCCUAUAAAAUUAUAAAGCAAUAGUAAACUAUAGUUACGUCUAAACAGUUUUACGUUUAAAAACUAGUCAUGCCGCUUCGAUAACUAGCUUGUGAAACGUUUUCAAAACGCUAUUUAUCUACGAAUUAUGUAUGAGAGUUACAAAUUGAUUGUCAUCUUUAUUUUCAUUAAUAUCACCAUGACAUUAUUGUUUGAUUGAUUUUGUCCAAAUGUUAUCGUGCUAACGACAUGUGACCGCAGUCCGAGCAGUGAGUGUGCAGUGAGGAGGAGGAUCUAGUCGAGUGGAGCAAGGCGUUGGAUGCCCGGUCGCGGUAAUGUAGUUAGGAAAAUGGUAUAGUGAAUUGUUACGCGAAGGCUGACUUUCUACGAUAAAUAUUUAAACUUUUUUCUACGACUGUUUUUUUCGGUCUCUAUAAAUAAAUUCACUAAAUGAUGUAUUUUUUCGAUUUGUUUUUCCUUCUGUUUCGUUAGUAGAGAGCGAUGAUUGUAACUGGCCCCAACUGGUGUGAACAGACACGUAACACUUUGUAUAAACUUGUUUUUUUUUCUUUUUAUUUUGUAUUAUAGUGUUUGAUUGUUCUAUUAUUAUUUUUGUACAGUAAGGUUUUGUUUCACAGUUGGUCAGUGACUCGGUCGGUCAACUGUCGGCCGACUCGCUCGGAGACACAUAACCUUAUAUAAGACUUAAUUUGUAUAUUCGACAUUUUCCAUUAAUUUCAAAUGUAUAAAAUACAUUUCUUUGUACUAUUAAAUAUUCGACUGAAUUUGCUUAUGGAUAAGAAUAGAUGUCUAUAUUGGGCAUAUUGAUUUAUAAAAUCCGUACUAAGCUUUAUAAUUACGUUGAUACAUUUAUAUUGUGUACUAAAUUUUCACACCGUAAUAAUUUCGUAGACUAGAGCGUCAGAGUUCUGUAUUUUAUUUGUGAUAUUGUGAUGAUAAUUUUGUAUAAUGAUUAAGAGUUUAAUAACAUGUUGUUAGAAGUUAAAUUUUACAGGUGAUUAUUUUAAACCCUCGCGGUGCGUUGAUUUAGCUGUUGUUGCGACGUCGAAUACUUCGAGCGAACUGUCCAUAUUGUGUCAACCGUUAUAUAGAGCGCCUCGACGCCGCCGGGCCCACUGUCGCGACAAACUGUACUGCGCACUGUACACUUGAAACAUAACCACAGAUAUAUACUAGACUUACAAUCAGACAAACGACUACAAUAGGUGUUAUUUUAAUACAUUUUUUAUACUUGGAUAGAGGGACGGUCGGUUCGUCGCUGUGGGCCCGCGACAACGUAUCUGCUUCGUAUAUAAAUAUAAAUGAUUUUGUAAUUUAUUCGUAAACUGAGGGGAUUGUUGUUAACUGCAUAUAUUUUAUAUUGUAAACGAAAAGCUCGGAGUAACGUGUAAGUAUUGUCGAAGUGCAAAACUUGUUUGUGACCAAUGAAUAUUGACACGAUGUGAAAUAAAGCAUAUUUAGUUUUAUGAG